AUGAUCAGGCAUUUACUGGACAACGUUGUGCACCGUGGGAUGCCGCACCACUAUUCCACUGAAAUGUGGGAGCGCACGCACAAGGGCACGGUUAAGGGUCCAGUAAGAGGGAGCAACUGGAGCGACAACCCACGACGCAUUGUGGAGGAGGAGGUGCAGCGAGAGGUGUACCGUGAGGUGGCGGCAGACGCGGGGGGUGGGCGACAGUACGCGUCCGCUUUGCGCGAGGCAAUCAAGACGAGGAAACCCGUGCUUACAAAGAGGUAUCGGACCAUGCGCAUAGGCGGAGUGACGGAUCCGGUGUACAAUGAGUACAUCGUCGCGCUGGGAGACGAGAUGAAGGGGAUGUCAGAUGAGUUCAAGGCGUUGGGUCUGGCUACCAACAACGUGCAGGUGCACACGGCGGUGGCCAUUCCGCGCACAAGAGGAGGAGAGCUGGUGGCCAAAGGGACAUUUGUGAAGGCUUCUCCUCGAGAGAGGUGGUAUUCGGACGUGGCACUGCUGAACAACAAGAAGGGGGACUGGUAUGCAAGAUGUUUGUGCAUCUUCAGGGCGGUUGACCUUGAUGGGGAGUGGAAGGGGUACGCAUAUGUGAGGUACUAUGAGGGGGCGGGAACAUGCAAACUUACAGGGUGCCAGCAGCUGCACAAGAAAGUGGAGAAGGUGUUCACGGAGUUCGUGGAGACUGUCAAUGGCGUGCACUUCAGCCGUGAUCGCAACACCCUCAUCCUAACCAUACACGAGGCGCAUCGCAUCACCGGCGAGGUCGCGCGACCCGUCACGGAGCACGGCUUCAGCGUGCAGCACCUCACCAACACCCGAAUCGUCAACAUACGAGGGUCGGUUCCUGAAGGGGGCCUUCCGCACCUGCAGGGAGUGGAGGAUGUGCUGAAGGGCCAUUACCGCGUUAUGCUGAUGAAGCGUGCGAUAGCGGCGAAGCGGUUCCAGUUCGACUAUUCGGCUUCCAUCGCUGACGUGGAUUAUGGCCUCAUGCUCGAGUGGCUGGGAGAAUCGUGGACUCGUGUGCGCGCAGCAACCAUGCAGAGGAGCUGGUGGCGCGCCGGAUGCGUGCCCCCGAGCUGGCCGCCACUGAUGGCGUACCUGAACGACACGUGCGCAACGGGCAUGUUUGAGCCCCUCAUUGCGACAUGCGUCGAGCUGCAGUUGCUCAUCGAGAAGUUCAAGAUGAAGCUUGCGUGCUAUAUGACGGCGGCGGAGUUCGUCAACUGCGACGCGGGACUCUGCGUGGAGCAGGGGUUCAGAGCCACACCUGCUGCCAGCGCGUCGGAUGACUCGUCGGGCGAGAUGAGCCUGCCAGAUGGCCCCUUACUGCGUGACGAGCGCAGCAGGCGGCGCGUGAUUCGCAACGUCACAAACGCGUACGUGGAGCGUGCCGAUGAGCUCGGCAUUCCCCCGGCCCUAGUGCCAGCAGAGGUCGGAGCAUCUAACCAGGAGGUUAUUUCCCGCCUCGGCAGGACGCCAGUCAAGCGUGCGCGCGCGGGGCUGCGCACUGAGGACAUGGCAGACCCAGCGGUGCGCGAGAGUGAGGACGACGAGUGA